AUGUUUGCCGCAAGACAGCGAGCGGGCGUAGUCGCGCGGCGGCUGCCGAGAGCGGCGCGAGGUUACGCAUCCGAGGCCCAUGGUCACCACCACAAGGCCGCCGAGGUCAACGAGUCCUUUGGGAAAGGCUCCCUAGCGAGCGUCGCCGUGUUCUUCGGAGGCGUCCUGUUCUACCAGUUCCUCCCCAACAAAGGCGAGGAUUCCGCCAUCACGAACCUUUUCAGCAAGUACAUGUCGCGAAAGGAGGACUGGGAAGAGACCAACGCCCUGCAUACGAGGGCUAUGGAACAGGCCGGAUUCGACCGCAACCUCUUUGAAAACGCCUCCCAUACGCACCGAUUCGUCGACCUUGCGUAUCCCGAAGUCUUUCAAUCUCAUGCCCCCAGAAAUAUCCAAGCCGGUCACCUGGUUAACCUCGACCACGUCGUGGAACACUACAGACAGCAGCACCUCCAGGAUGAGGAGAGAAAAGCAAAGAAGUUGGCAGAGAGGAAGGAUUAG